CGCUCACUCACUCGUGCUAAACUCAAAUUUGAAAAAAAAAGGUCAUCUCUCUCUCUCUCUCAAAGGAUCGGUCUAACACACACAGAGAGAUGGAUUCGAAAACCCCAGUGAAAACCAAAAUUCAUGAUUCGUCAAAUAAGGUAAGGGUCGUCCUUAGGGUUCGUCCCUUUCUUCCGCGAGAGAUCUCCGACGUCCAGCCGUGUGUUUCCUCCGUAAUCGACGACGGUGGUGACAGAGAUGAUGCAAGCGAAGUGGCGGUUCAUAUCAAAGAUCCACUUAGCUGUCGCAAGGAAUGCUAUGAGCUGGAUGCCUUGUUUCACGACGAAGAUGAGGAGAAGGUAUCGAAGCAGAUAUUUGAUAAAGAAGUAAAUCCUUUGAUUAUUGAGGGGAUUUUUAAAGGUAUCAACGCUACAGUGCUUGCUUUUGGAGCUACAGGAAGCGGAAAGACCUUUACCAUGCAGGGAACCGAUGAGCUACCUGGCCUAAUGCCAUUAGCCAUGUCCACCGUUCUGUCUAUCUGCGAUAAGACAGCAAGUAGAGUAGAGGUUUCAUAUUAUGAAGUUUACAUGGACAGAUGCUGGGAUCUCCUACAAGUUAAACCCAACGAGGUUGCCAUUUUGGACGAUAAGAAUGGACUAGUUCAUCUCAAGGGACUCUCUAGUAUCCCUCUUAACUCUAUGUCUCAGUUUCAAGAGGUCUACUCAUGUGCCGUUCAGCGCAGGAAAGUUGCACACACUGGUUUAAAUGAUGUCUCUAGUAGAAGCCACGGUGUGCUUGUCAUCUCAGUUACCUCGCAAGGGGGUGUCACUGGAAAAAUCAAUCUGAUUGAUCUGGCAGGUAAUGAAGACAAUAGAAGGACAGGCAAUGAAGGAAUCCGUCUACAAGAGAGCGCCAAGAUUAACCAGUCACUAUUUGCACUGUCCAAUGUGGUUUAUGCACUGAACAAUAACCUGCCAAGAGUGCCUUACAGGGAAAGCAAAUUGACUAGAAUAUUGCAGGAUUCACUUGGUGGGACAAGUAGGGCUCUCAUGGUAGCAUGCCUGAAUCCUGGAGAAUACCAAGAAUCUCUUCGCACUGUUAGCCUCGCUGCAAGGUCAAGGCACAUUUCAAACAUUGUGUCUAUGAAUCCAAAGGUUGAGACCCCCAAGGUUAAAGUAGAUAUGGAAGCAAAACUUCAAGCUUGGAUGGAAUCAAAAGGCAAGACGAAAAGCUCGCAUAGGAUGAUGGCAAUACGUUCUCCACUGAUGGGUACAAAUCAAAGUUCAAUAUCUCAAAGCUCGGUUAAGAAACUCGGGGUUCAUAGAUCAUCCGUUGCAAAAAAUGCUCUUACUGGCAAAGAACAGAGAAACGCAUUUGUGAGCGCCAGGAACUUAUUUGGUGGAGAAACUUCUGAUGCUUCACAUUUAUGGGAACCAAUACAGAAUCUGCACUUAGCUUCUCCAACCAAAGAAGAUGAGAGAGAGACAUCUGGCGAAGAGAAUAUGUUGUUCUCAGAGGCAAGCAUGAGAGAUAACCAAUUGGAGGUCGAGAAGAAUUAUACUGAACUCAGUCCUCUCCGGGAAGCUCUAUCUCCGAUAGACGCAAAUGCAAUGACCCCAAAAGCACCUCUUCUUUCUGGGAACGCUAAGAAUUUGCAGAUGAGUGGCACUUGCCAGAAGUUCAAUGCCUGGAGCACUAAUUUAAAGACUUCCCUCAUAAAUGAAUAUAUUCACUUCUUGAAUACAGCCAACAGAGAAGAGCUAAUGGAGUUAAAGGGAAUUGGAGAGAAGAUGGCUGAGUACAUUAUCGAACUCAGAGAAACAAGCCCUGUAAAAUCGCUUGCUGACUUAGAGAAGAUCGGCUUCACCUCAAGACAGGUACAUAACUUAUUCAAAAGAGCUACUGAAGGAAUUCUUGCUGCUUCCACAACAACACCUUAGUUUUGUUGUCUUUAUCAAAACAAAACACUUUGGUUUAUUCAAGAAAAGUGUGUACUGUGUGUGUCCGGAAUAGUUUUCAUUAUGCUUGUUCUUGUCUACCUAAACCUUAUAAUCAGGGAGACAUUGCUUUGAUUGAGUAAGAAAGAAGCAAACUCAUAAAUUUCUGAUUGAAACUUCA